CGCGCAAAUAUCAAAAGUAGUGUUUUUUAACCUUCUUGACGUUUUUACGCUUAGGUAAACACGCUAAAUCGUGAUUACCAAUUUGGCCUACGUCUAAUGCAUUGCAGAUUUUUUCUGUCUGGACGAAUAGUUCACUUACAAAACUUAAAACAUUUUACUAAAAUGGCGUCUGAACCAAAAAGAAUGAAGCUGACAGAGGAAGAAAGGAUGAGCUCUCUUUCUCCCCUCACAUCUAAUGGUUGGACCAUGGUGAAUGGGAGAGAUGCAAUCUACAAGGAAUUUCUCUUCAAAAACUUCAAUGAGGCUUGGGGAUUCAUGAGUCAAGUGGCCUUGCAAGCGGAAAAGAUGGAUCACCACCCUGAGUGGUUCAAUGUCUACAAUAAGGUGCAGAUUACCCUGAGUACUCAUGACUGCGGUGGACUUUCUCAGAGGGAUGUGAAGCUAGCCACGUUCAUCGAGAAUGUUGCCAAAACCUCCUAGGUUAAUCCCAUCCAUUACCCAUGAGUCGAAUGAUAUGGGAAACAUGCUUAUGUUGUGGAAUGGGGUGUGAAUAUUUAUGUAAACCACAACAUUUCUGUCAUGUUUAAAAAAAAAAAAAACAAGUAAAAGAUAGUGUGGUUCUUCAAUUUUCACAUUUUUGGCGUUUUAUAACAGUGGUUUGUCACCUACCGGGUAUACAAAUUGUAUAACACAACUUAAAUUAUUAUCAAACAGGCGUUCAUGAGUAAGAAGAAUUUUGAAUGUGAAUUAUUAAAGAAAAUAGAUGUAUCAUUAAUCGUUUUGUGCAUGGACAAGUUUUGCGAUGAUCUGGUCAAAUAUAGCUUUAUUUGCAAUACACUUGCACUCCAUAAUUAGACCAGGGACUUGUUCAACCAUAUAGGUUCCUGAAUAGACUGUUUUUAACAUGAUAUUUUUUUUGGUAUUUCUACAUUUUUAUGCCCCCUUCGAAGAAGAGGGGGUAUAAUGUUUUGCACAUGUCGGUCCGUUCACCAGAUGGUUUCCGGAUGAUAACUCAAGAACGCUUAGGCCUAGGAUCAUGAAACUUCAUGGGUACAUUGAUCAUGACUGGCAGAUGACCCCUGUUGAUUUUCAGGUCACUAGGUCAAAGGUCAAGGUCACAGUGACUCGAAACAGUAAAAUGGUUUCCGGAUGAUAACUCAAGAAUGCUUACGCCUAGGAUCAUGAAACUUCAUAGGAACAUUGAUCAUGACUGGCAGAUGACCCCUAUUGAUUUUCAGGUCACUAGGUCAAAGGUCAAGGUCACAGUGACUCGAAACAGUAAAAUGGUUUCCGGAUGAUAACACAAGAAUGCUUACGCCUAGGAUCAUGAAACUUCAUAGGAACAUUGAUCAUGACUGGCAGAUGACCCCCAUUGAUUUUCAGGUCACUAGGUCAAAGGUCAAGGUCACAGUGACUCGAAACAGUAAAAUGGUUUCCGGAUGAUAACUCAAGAAUGAUUUGGCCUAGGAUCAUGAAACUUUAUAGGUACAUUGAUAAUGACUGGCAGAUGACCCCUAUUGAUUUCCAGGUCACUAGGUCAAAGGUCAAGGUCACAGUUACUCAAAAUAGUAAAAUGGUUUCCAGAUGAUAACUCAAGAAUGCUUACACCUAGGAUCAUGAAACUUCACAGGUACAUUGAUAAUGACUGGCAGAUGACACCUAAUAAUUUUCAGAUCACUAGGUCAAAGGUCAAGGUCACAGUGACUCGAAACAGUAAAAUGGUUUCCUGAGGAUAACUCAAGAAUGCUUAGGCCUAGGAUCAUGAAACUUCAUAGGUACAUUGAUCAUGACUGGCAGAUGACCCCCAUUGAUUUUCAGGUCACUAGGUCAAAGGUCAAGGUCACAGUGACAAAAACGUAUUCACACUAUGGCUGCCACUACAACUGACAGCCCAUAUGGGGGGCAUAUAUGUUUUACAAACAGCCCUUGUUUUACAUUUCAUAUGUUCAAAUGGUUUUAAUUAAGAUUUGUUGUGAAAUAUAAUUAGUACGUAUGAAUAUUGUUUUUUUUUAAAGGAAUGAAGCUGUUUAUUGGAAAAAUGUAGUUGUGGUUAAAGAAAUGUUAUUAAAUAGACAUGAGUUGGUUUGGCUAUAAAAUUGCAUAUAUGUAUUGUUUUAAACAUUUGCCAUAACCAUUGUGCAAUACUUUUGGAGAUUUUUA